AUGGGUGCAAAGAAAGCGGCGAGUAGCGGAAAUUUGCUGCAAACAAUUGCGCACAUUCUCGGUGUGAACGACAUAUCGCAACUAAAUCCCGAUGCUAACCUGGGCGAUUUGGGUCUGGAUUCCCUAAUGGGUGUUGAAAUCAAGCAGGCACUUGAGCGAGAUUAUGAUAUCGUCCUUUCCAUGAAAGACAUCCGGACACUUACGUUGAACAAACUUCAACAGCUAGCAGAUUCGGGCGGCACACCGUCAACGGUGCUUCAAACGACUGAGCUGGAGCUUAAAAAAGAAAGUGAAAAAGAAGCCGAGCAAAAUACCGUCGAACAGCUGGAAAGGCAAAUGAAUCAGUUGUUCAAGAUGAGGGUGGAUGUUAACGACCUCGAACCAACGGAUCUCAUCGUUAAAUGCAACAAGGCUGAAAGCGGUCCACCGACAUUCUUUGUACAUUCGAUAGAAGGAAUUGCCACACCGCUGAAGAAAGUUAUGUCAAAGUGUAACUUCCCUGCUUAUUGCUUCCAGUCAACAAGGGAAGUGCCACAGGAUUCCAUCGAAAAAGUUGCUCAAAAAUAUAUUGCGGUAUGUUGA